GGCGUUCGUUGUUUCCCCCCAAUUAUUAUAUGUGCUUUGAAUUUGUCAAUCUUAUCUCCAAGACAAUCAGCAAGGCAAUGAUAACCAUUCUUGGAUGUGUAUCUAACGAGCCAAGGAAAGUGAAGAGGGAAAAAGAGAAGCACGAAUGGUCUCUCCGAACCAUGCAUGAACUUAUUCAGCACUCUUCCGUGGAGAGCUUUGCGGAUGGUGGUACUCGCCCACGUUACGAGACCUUCGAUCUGCCGCCACCGGAGGUUUAUGAAAUUGAGGAGAUCAGUAAGGAGGAAAAGCACAUACCUCACUUACGGAUGAUGGAGACACCGAUAUUAAUUGCCACAAAGAAUGGAAUCACAGAAAUAGUGGAAUUUAUUCUCGAACGUUUUCCGCUGGCCAUGGACGACAUGAACUGGGAUGGGAAGAAUAUUUUUCUCUUGGCAAUUGAGAACAGGCAACCUCAUUUAUACAAGCUCUUACUCGAGAAGAUAAUCAGAACCAGCAUCUUUCGUGCAGUCGACAAUGAUGGAAACACUGCAUUGCAUCUCGCUGCAAAGCUAGGAAGUCGUUCAUGGAUCAUCCCCGGUUUGAAAAUGCAGUGGGAAAUCAAGUGGUAUCAGUUCGUUAAGGAAUCUAUGCCAUUAUCUUUUUGGGCUCCCUAUAACAAGGAUGGCCUGACCGCAGACGAAGUCUUUAUGAACACACACAGUGAUCUGGUGAAAGAUGACAUACAGUGGCUAAUGAAAACCUCAGACUCAUGCACUAUUGUCACGGCUCUCAUUGCAACGGUGGCCUUUGCGACGUCAGCCAGCGUACCCGGUGGUGUUAAUGGACAAAACGGUGAACCAGUUCUCAGACAAGAACGCAUGUUUGACGUCUUUUCCAUCUCAUCACUCUUUGCGCUCUGCUUUUCAUUGAUAGCAUUGAUCACAUUCCUCGCCAUUCUCACAACUCAACACCAAGCCAUGGACUUUCGUCGUAAGGUGCCAAUGUUGCUAUUGAUGGGUUUGACUACGCUCUUUAUGUCCAUUGCAUCCAUGGUGGUAUCGUUUUGCGGCGGACAUUUCUUCAUCCUCAAAGGUGUACUGAGAGACGCGUCGGUUGUUGAAUAUUUAGUUGCGCUUCUACCAUUGAUCAUUUUUGUCACUGUGCAAUUUCCGCUCUACUUCAAUGUUUUACGAGCUACCAUUACGAAGGUGCCUGAACGUCACUACGUGGUUACUACCUAGAUCUUUAUUUGUUAUAUAUAUUACUUAUUAUUUCACACGUGUGUGUAACUGUGUUUGUGUUUGUGUUUGUGAUUUCUAUCCUUGAGUUUGGUAUUGAUGAAUAAACAUUGAAGUCAGUCAUCGUCUUCACGUGUCUUUGUGUGUUGUUUGUUUCUUAUAUGAGUGUGAAAGGCAGGCGAGGCAAUAAAAAAUUGUAAUAAUGUAACCUCUUUAUUUUCAUGAAAAGUAUGGACUACUGAUCAUGUCGGUAUUUAUUGAGUGGGUGGUUUGCUAUUGUUUUUUCUGAUCCGGAUCUACGAAGAUUAAUUUUGGAAUCUCUUUACUUUGCCGUGU